UCAUAUGGUCAAAGCACCUUCCCUUUUAGUACUGAUGAGAGUCUCUCAAGGCUCAAACACCGCCACACUACCACCACCACUGCCUCACUCAGCUCUGCAAAAGCCUAAAAAAGAGCGAACUUCGAGCGCCAUUAUAUUAUACUAAUACCAAGACUCUCUUUUGAGAAGCCACAGAAAGCAGAAACCAAGAAAUCAAGCUUUACCGGGAAUCUAUCAUCCUCAAGAUCUCAUUAAUGUUUCGUGAUUUGAUGCUUCGUGAAUGUUGAAAUGGGUGUGCCCAGAAAAUUGUUUAGCUUCAUUUCUCUUUUGGUAGCGAUUCUUUCCAUUCUUGAGCUCAUUUCAGUGGCUAAAUCUGAAUCUGACUACACCACCUUGAUAUACAAGGGGUGUGCUAAGCAGUCUUUGUCAGAUCCAUCUGGGGUUUCCUCGCAGGCCCUCUCUUCCCUGUUUGGGACUCUCGUUGCGCAGUCCUCAAAGGCCAAGUUUUCCAAGACGACUACUGGGUCUAGCCAGAACACAGUCACGGGUCUGUUCCAGUGCAGAGGGGAUUUAUCCAAUGUGGAUUGCUAUAACUGUGUGAGUAGGCUUCCAAUCCUCAUAGACAAGCUGUGUGGGAAGCCUGUGGCCGCAAGAAUUCAGCUUUUUGGGUGUUACAUGCUGUAUGAGAUUGCUGGGUUCCCGCAGAUAUCUGGGAUGGAGAUGCUGUACAAGACUUGUAGUAGGAAGAAUGCUCCAGGGAGUGGGUUUGAGGAGAAGAGGGACACUGCUUUGUCUAAUUUGGCUGGAGGGAUAAGUGGUGCCAGUGGGUUCUAUAGCACCAGUUAUGAGGCUGUUUAUGCCUUGGGUCAAUGUGAGGGUGAUGUGGGUAAUGCUGAUUGUGCUGACUGUGUGAAAAAUGCAGUCCAGAGAGCUCAGGUUGAAUGUGGGAGCUCUGUUUCUGGCCAAAUCUUUCUGCACAAGUGUUUUAUCAGCUAUAGUUAUUACCCUAAUGGGGUCCCUAAAGGCUCUUCUUCUUCUUCUUCUUCAUUCUCAUCUCCUUCUUCUACUUCUGCUUCAUCAUACUCAUCUCCUUCACCAGGGUCACAGCAAAACACAGGGAAGACAGUGGCUAUAAUAUUAGGUGGAGCAGCAGGAGUGGGGUUUUUACUCAUCUGCAUGUUGUUUACUAGGAAUGUGAUGAAGAAACAUGAUGAUUAUUGAAGGGAACACUUGAAUUUUGAGGUGGACUAUAUUCCUUGAAUUGGUUGGUCACUUUCAUAGUGGGCAAAAAGAGGGAUAAGAGAUGGGGAUGGUGUUGUUAAGGUGGAAUGGAAGGCUUUUAGGUUAAGGAAGGG